UUUGCACCCAGGUGAGAGGAGCCAAUAUAACUGAUGAGAUGAUUUAGAGCAGCAGCAGCAGCCACUUCCAGCAGCUCCUGCCAGUGUCUCUGUCCAGCACGUCUAAGCUCUUGAUUUGUCUGGUCUGACGGCGGAAACUGAGGAGACGAUGUCAUCCCAACUGAAUGACGCCAUGGAGAGUCUCAUCAAAGUCUUCUAUUCCUAUUCAGUCAAAGAAGGUGACAAGUACAAGCUGAGCAAUGCAGAGCUGAGGACUCUGCUGCAGGAGGAGCUCUCAGAUUUCCUGGCAGCCAGCAAAGACCCUGCAGUGGUGGAGAAGAUCAUGAAGGACCUGGAUGAGAACGAGGAUGGCGAGGUGGACUUUCAAGAGUUUGUUGUUCUGGUGGCUGCUCUCACAGUCGCCUGCAACGAGUUCUUUGUUGAUCUUAUCAAGGAAAACUGUAAGGGCAGAAAGUAGAGGUGAUGGAAGAAACUCCAACUGAAAUGUUUCAAAUUAUUAA